AUGGAAAAUAGGGGUUCAAAGAGAGGAGAACGCUCAGAUUCUGAGAAAGAAGAAGAUAGGGGUUUAAAGAGAGGAGAACGCUCAGAUUCUGAGAAAGAAGAAGAUAGGGGUUUAGAGAGAGGAGAACGCUCAGAUUCUGAGGAAGAAGAAGAUAGGCGUUUAAAGAGAGGAGAACGCUCAGAUUCUGAGGAAGAAGAAGAUAGGCGUUUAAAGAGAGGAAGACUCUCAGAUUCUGAGGAAGGAGAAGAUGGAAAUGGAGAUGAAGAUUCUCGUAGAUCCUUCUUCCUCGAAAAUGGAUUGGAGGUUCUUCUACUGAGCAACGUAGGGUUCUCUACGCAGUCAUCCGCAGCCCUAACUGUUAGAGCUGGUAGCUUUGAUGAUCCUCCGGUUAUCCACGGACUAGCUCACUUAAUCGAACACAUUCUGUUUCGUGGGUCUACAAAAUUCAAAGAGCUUGAUGAUUACUUGAAUAAGCAUGAUGGGGAUGCCAAUGCUCAUACAGAGUUCGAUUUCACCACCUUCAGUUUUGAAGUCGAUUCAAAUUUCCUAGAGGUUGCUCUUAAAAGGUUUGCCAAUGUUUUCAUAAAUCCUCUCAUGGAAACGGAUAUUUUGGAGCGUGAGAUCCUUGUCAUGGACGCAGAAUUUCUUCUCUCUAAGCACAGAGAUUCUGACCGAAUUGAUCAACUGACGGCUUCUAGUUCUUAUGACAAGCAUCCCUUGAAUAGAUUUCCUGGGGGCAACAAAGAAUCUCUAGGCAACGUUGACCUUCCAGAACUCAAAGAUGCAGCGAUAACCUUUUUCAAGACUCAUUACGUAGCUCCUUCGAUGAAGCUUGUAGUUUCAGGACAUAGGGGCUUAAAUGUACUUGAGAGUUGGGUGAAGAAGUUCUUUAGUCCUCUUCCUGGAGGUAUACCCCUGCCUAGACCAGAAUUUAGCCGACCGUGGGAUGUAUGUAGAUCAUACAAAGUUCAAUCGGUUGAGAAUGCUCAGAGAUUAGUCAUUCGUUGGAUAGUUCCUCCUCCCAUAUCCUAUUUGAAAAAGCCUGAAUCAUACCUUCUUCAACUGUUCUCUCAAGAGGAUGAAGGAUCAUUGUCCUUCUUUUUCAAGAAACGCCAAUGGAUUACAUCCUUCUUUGUUUGUGUUGGUGCACACUCAGCUUUUACAGAGGAGAAAAGCUCAUUAUCAUUACUAAGUCUCACCUCUGCAGGGAGACUCAUUACAAUUACUUUGGAACUCACCAACAAAGGUUUGGAACAGGGAUAUCUCUUGGUUGAUUACAUCUAUAAGUAUGUAAGUCUACUUACUAGGAACAGUCCUCCUCAACAUUUCAUGGAGCAAUACAAGAAUCUAUUAGAGAUGAAGUUUGAAUCUCUGUACAUUGAUGACCAUUUAAUCAGCUCACAAUCAUUGUUUGUUGAUCGAGUCUCAGCUAACAUGCUCCUCUGUGGAAAUGAGCAUGCGGUGUCUUUCUUUUUUUCUGAUCCUACAUGUGAUCAGAAAGAGAUCGAUGACUUUUUAAAGCAUUUAACCCCUGAAAAUAUGACGAUCUACUGGGUUGUAAAGAAAUUGCCGAAGGAACAAGAUCAAGAAAUUGAACCAUGGUUUGGGACUUCUUAUGUAGAAGUGGAAGUCGACAGAUCUCUUGUUGAUGCUUGGAUGGGGUUCAAAACACAAGUUUUGGAGGAAACUUUUAGUUUUCCGGAGGAAAACUUGUUAAUGCCAUCUAAGGGCUAUACCCUUGAGCGCUUUGAUGAAAAAUCCGAAGACAGUGCAGAAGAUGGUGAUGACUACAUUGCAGAAGAUGGUGACAUUGCAGAAGAUGGUGAUGACAACAAUGGUGAUGACAACAGUGUUAAGAAGAUUGGCAACAUCUUCUAUGUCAAUGCAGCUUCGACAUCUUCUGCCUACUUCUGCUUCUCAAUGCCUUCUGUAGACAGUUUGAUGAACAAGGUUUUCCUGGAAUUACUAGAGCACUCCCUCAGUCCCCUGCUGUUUGAGGGAUCUGAGGCAUACAUAGAUACUCGGAUAUCUCUCAUUGAUGGAAACAAGUUAGUUUGA